AUCAACUUUAGGGUACACCGAUCCCAAUGCAUACCGGUUGAAUAUUUUUGUUCGAGUUUUUUCCCAGUGUAUACUCUAGUUGAAUCGAACGGUCAUUUCCAGGUUAUCAAGAUGGCGGGUAUAAACCAACAAAUGGUAGAACAACAGCUUUUGAAAGCUACAGAGAUGAUUGAAAGCCAGGUUGAUGCCGAGAUCGGUAGAUUAGAUACCAUAGACGAUGAUGAACUAGAAAUACUGAGGAAGCGGCGCAUGGAAGCCAUGAAGAAAGCUCACGAUCAGAAGCAAGAGUGGCUGCAAAUUGGACAUGGACAGUAUUCAGAGCUGCAGGGGGAGAAAGAAUUCUUUGCAGAGUGCAAAAAGAGUAAACAUGUUGUCUGCCAUUUUUACAGAGACAGCACAUUCCGAUGUAAAAUUAUCGACAAGCAUAUGGGUAUUCUGGCACCAAAACAUGUUGAAACAAGGUUUUUAAAGAUCAAUGCUGAGAAGUGUCCUUUCUUAGCAGAGAGACUUAGAAUUAAAGUGAUUCCUACAUUAGCUCUUAUCAAAGAUGCUAAAACUACUGACUAUAUUGUUGGAUUUGAUGACUUGGGUGCCACAGAUGAUUUCCCAACUGAGAUGUUAGAGUGGCGACUGGGAUGUGCUAGCGUAAUUAACUACUCUGGUAACCUCAUGGAUCCACCACUGUCUGAUAGUCAGUCCAAGCCAUUCAUGAAAAACAAACCAAAGAAGAUAAUCAGAUCACAGGAUGAUGAUUCUGAUUCUGAUGGUUAUUAGUCAUAUCAAAAUCUCAUAUGCUUGAUGUUUGAGAUUUAAGAACUUCCAAAUUUAUGAACGAAAACACAGAUGUUCAGCUUUCACAAAUAGAUAAUUAAUUAAUGGUAUUCAGAAUUUCCCAAAAAUUGCUGCCAUUCAGACCCCAGUGAAUUUCGCACUGAUACAAAAUUUCAUCAUUUUCACUGAUUAGCGGAAAUCUGAUUCCCAUGAAAUAUAAAGCAGUUUACAGUUUGUUUUUUUAAGUAGCAAUCCACCUGUGACAAUAUUCUUUAUGGACUGGAUAUGGCUUUUGCGACCUGAGGUUGUGCAGUGAGAAUGCCCGAGCUCGUGUAAGCCGUAUGACCGAGGGCAGCAAAAGCCGUAUCCAGUCCAUAAAGGUUUUAUCAUACACCUUAUAGGUGUAAUUACAAUUUAUCAGUGUGACCUCAAACACACGACAUAAUUUAGAAUGACUCAUUUUGUUUGGAUUGAUGAAAGCUGGGCGAGCUAGGCCGGGUGUAAUUAUUACGGAAAAUUAUUGCCCUGAUAUGAGGCCGCACUUCCCCUAGCGUUAUGAGGCCGAAUUCAAAUUAUUGAACUCUUGUGCUUUUAUUGUAAAUGUGUUGUUGUUUUUUGUAAUCUUUUCUGGUUUUUUUUUAUAACUUAUUAAAGUGUAAGUUGUAUUUCUUUAAACAAUCCCAGGAGGCAAGAGGCAUUGAUAAGGAAUUUGAAUUUUUAUCACUUUAUAAUUGCUUCCUUGUAUAAUGGUUUGGUAGAACAAGAACAAUAAAGACUUUUAUUAUUUAUUAUUACAAUAGUCUUUAUUGCAAAAUAUUGGGUUCCGUAAAAAAACUGUUGUUGCAGUAAGCUAUUGCAAUGUCAUUUUCCACCUUUGAAAUUUUUCCAUAUUUCUUAGAAAAUGUUAUCAAGACCUGUAGACAAAUGGAAAUUAUGUCCUUGUUCUCAGAAAUCAAUUCUUGAAAAAUAUAUAAAAAUUUACAUUCAAAUUACGGCAGUCAAUGGGGUAAAGAUUGUUUAUACUAUGCUGCACCAAACAAUACUUUUCACAAUCAGUAAUCCAUGCGCUGCCUGUAACCUUUUUUUUACAACUUUCUCGAUAUAAAAAAGUGUUCAUAAGUUCUAGAUUGUAUGUACAAAUUUUCACAACUUGUGUACUGGCUUAUUUUUUUUUCUAAUCCCCCCCCCCCCUUCUAUCUAGUGUCAAGUGAAAUCUCUGCAUUCAUGAGGAUGAUGUAAAAUAUUCUCCAUGUACUAUUGCUUUUUAUGCUGAUGUGAAUAGUGUUUCAUUUUGCUGAUUUUGUUCAGAAUAAAACAGU